GAGAGAAGAAGAAAGUCUUCUGCUGCUAGCUUGCUCUUAGUAAAGCAGUACACUGUAUUAUUCUGUGCUCCUGCCAUACGUUCGGACACGGUUGUUAUAUGUUCAUGUUCUGUUACUGUUGUCCGUAAAGCCAUUCGCUAGUGGAGUACCGUUCUGUGUGGUUCGGACUGAACAUGUGGGGCUCAGGCCGGCGUGUCCUUCAGGGGCUCCUGGUCCAGUCUGCUGUCAGGAGCUUCACCAGGACUCCUGCUCAGAACACAGUCAUCGUGGAGCGCUGCUGGCAGGUCCCACUCUCCAAAGUUGGGAGCCCCCCGAGGUUGUAUCCACGCAGACACAGGAUUUACAAACUGGUCGAAGACACCAAGCAAAAUCCCAAACAGAAAAUGGAGCUCAUCUUGACCCAGACGGUGCCAAAACUUGGAGGUCGAGGAGAAACUGUGUUUGUCAAAAAGUCUGUUGGCAGAAACAAACUGUUGGCUAACGGGCUGGCAGUGUAUCCCUCACCAGAGAACAAGGCCAUGUUUGCAGAGGAGUUAAGAAUUUUAAGAGAAGGUAAACUGGAAGAGAGAGUCCAAACACGUACUGGACUGCAGACCGUCGAGUUCCUGAAAAAAUGCAAGUUGACGAUCAACAAAAUGCCCAGUGAGGAUUUCCAGCUCAAUCUGGAGGUUGUCCGGAGACAGCUGCUGAAAAAGCUCGGCCUGGUUGCACCUCCUCAUGCUGUGAAACUGCCGUUUGAGCCCAUUACUGAGGAGGGAGACUACUGGUGUGAAGUGACGGUGAAUGGAAUUAACACAGUCCGGAUCCCGAUGUCUCUGGUUCCCUAUGAAGACCAGUCGGCCAAGUAUCAGCGCAUGAAGAAAGCCAAAAGGCAGCAGGAUGCAGCUGAAGGACUUUGUGUUGAUCAGGAUCCAGUGCGGGAUGCUAGCUCGGACUCAAAUCUUGCUCAGGCUCUUGAGCAAACCACUUCACCGAGUCCAGACACAAUGCUGCCACCAAGUGAUGAGCCGAAGAAAGAAUAAAAAAUAAAACAUGGAAGAACAGAAACAGUCUUGAAGCACAAAAUUCAUGUUUUCAAGUCAUGUCUGGAUCAAACACAUGACAUAAAAAUCAUUUUAUUUUUACAACAUUCCAGGAAAAGUCACAUCAACAUUUGAUACAUAAACAAAGGUUGGUAUCCUAAUGAAGGGUCUUACAGUCCUCAAACACAAGUCACUCCAGGUAUAUGAGAGUGAGAAAGAAGGAAGUAACUUAGUUGGAAAUGUCAACGGCACUCUUCCAAAAUCUAAAUGUCAGGGAAUAUCUACUUUAAAUUCUGAUCAAGCCGCCGCUAGAACCCGUACUUGGCCUGUGUCUGUCGGCGGGUCAGCUUGUUUUCUGCCCAGGUGUUCUUCAGCUCCAGCUCACGCUCCUUGGCCUAGCAAACAGAGACAUGCAACUUGAACCUUCAUUUCUAAACAGCUACAUCUGCAUUUUUUUUGGUACAGUAGGAUGCAGUUUAAUUCUUCUCAUUCUGACCUUUACAAACUUAAGGACACAGCAGGCUCUGAGUGUAACAAAAACACUGCAUGACACAUGGCGUUUCUCAUUGUAUGAUUGUAUCAUCUGAAACUGUUCCCCCCUGUGUGCAGAAUAUUUCUUACCUGCUAUGUCAAGUGUGUUCGAGUUUUAUGUUCCUGUCUCAUAACGGUGUCAAAGGGACAUUAAUAUAAACUGGAAAAUGAAUAUAACCAGAUUUCUGCUUGCUUUUACGGCAAAUAACAUUAAAUACAGCAAUUUAAGAAAGGGAAUUAUCUAAACUAUUAGUGGUAGGGAUGCAGAACUACAAAGACAGUCUGUUAUGUAAAAAUGUUGGUGUCUGCACCCUUAAUAUCUCAGUCUUAUUAGGCUACUUCAUUCACUUUCACGGUGUGUGA